AUGGCCAGCAAGCCCAUGGCCGAGCGCAGGCAGAGCGACCACGCCGCUAAUGGCGCCAAUGGCCCCAGUGGCCCCAGUGGUCCCAGGGAGGGUCUCCUCAGCCCCAGCGACGCGCUCACCACCACCGCCGCCGCCGUCACCUCAGCCUCCACUCCUGCCGCCACUCCUGCCUCUGCCACCGCCUCCGCCUCCGCCUCCGCCUCGACCUCCAUCUCCACCGCCUCCCGCCAGAGCAGCAGCUCCACCCACCUCGGCAGCUCCGUAGGCCCCCGUCUGCUGCCCUCGCCCAUCCCGCCACCUACUGCCUCGUCGCAGUCGUCACAGCACCGCCCGUACUCCAGAGUCAGCGUCGUCUCCGGCCUCUCGCGCGACGACCAGAGCGAGCGUCGCGCCGCGCGCCAGAGCCACAGCCACAGCAUCUCAAGCGCACCACACACGCUGGCGUCCUCCAAGGGCACCAGCUCGACUGCCGCGGACAAUCGCGAGCGCCAGCGUGCUGCCCGCUCUCUGCCGCCAUGGGUCCAGUCCGCCGACGAAGACGAGAUAGCCGAUGUCACCUCGCUGCUGCUGCCGCGCACGCCCACCUCCGUCCGCCCUGCCUCCCACAACUACAUGCCCACGCCCAAGUCCAACGUGCCUGGCCGCAAGUUCGACCAUGCCCGCGAAGGCGCGCCAGUGACCCUCAACACCCCUGUCAGCGAAAAUGCCUCAAAGUGGAAACAAUUCGCUGCAGCCUCCAAUUACGAACAACAUGACCGCCCCAUCUCCUCACGGGGUCAGAUUGUCGACGAUGAUUGGAUGGCCGCCAACCUGCCAGACCUGGAGAAGCCGUGGGAGCCCAUUGACGAGGAGGACAAGGAGGAGAAGCUCAAGGGCUUCUGGAUGUUCACCCCCGCCAAGAGAAGGCGCAAGAUGGUCCGCCUGCACCGCACCAUAAUGAACCACCCUAUGGUUCCAGCGCUGGUCCGUAUGAUUGUGCUCACCUUCUCCAUCCUGGCUCUGUCGCUGGCUGGGGCUAUCUUCCACAAGUCAGACUCAGCAAGCUGCGACAACAAUUCGUCAACUUGGAUGGCCAUCAUUGUUGACGUCGUGGCCAUCAUCUACACUGUCUACAUUACGUACGACGAAUACACAUCGAGACCCCUCGGUUUGCGCUCGCACAACGCGAAGAUGGCCCUCAUAUUUCUAGACCUGGCAUUCAUCGUGUUCGAAUCUGCGAAUCUUAGUCUGGCGUUUCAGGCUCUGACCGACGACAAGUGGGCGUGUAGGGACGCUGCCGAUUUGUCGACCCAGAACUGUCCGUACAGUCGGUCCGUUUGCGUGCGCCAAAAGGCAUUGACUGCUACUUUGUUGAUUGCGCUGCUGGCUUGGCUAGCUACUUUUAGUAUCAGUACCCUGAGGUUGAUCCACCGUGUCGCUAGGUAG